GUCAGAGUGAUGUAACAGGAAGCUCUGAUGUUUCCCUUCUGCUGCUGAGCACAUACAAUGUGACAACCCUUCCAAUAUACUGAGAACAACCUUCUCUCUCCAGCAGAGUGUCACCUCCUGCUUUAGGAUCAUCAGGCUCUGCUAACUGGAUCUCACCCUGCCUGCAGGAUCACACUGCAAGGCUCUCACUCUUCCCCACCUUGCCCGGGGAUAAAUUUCUUCUGCGGAAUCUCAGAAAAUCAAAUUCUAUUCAAAGAAAAUUUCACCAAGAAUUUCCUUAGGAGCUGUGCUGGGGUCCUGCGAUGAUACACCAACCACUUGUGCUGCCACCUGUCAAAACUAUGGAUGGCCCUACUUCCAGGUCAUGACCUCUGGAUUUAAAAACUCAAGAUAAUAUUGAAUAUGAUCCAAGAGAAAAUGUGAUUUGAGACUGGAGACAAUUGUGCUUAUCAUAAUAAUAAAAACCCUGAUAGAAGAGAAGACAUUAUUCAGAAGAUUGCUACAAUUAAAAAGAAAAGCUUCUUCUAGUUUGAUUUAUAUUAUAUAGCUUGUUUCAUUUUGGCUUUAAUGAUGGAGAAGAAGUGCAUCCUGUGUUUUCUGUUUCUCUUGCCUUUUUUUAUGAUUCUGGUCAAAGCAGAAUCAGAAGAAGAGGAACCUGACGGCUCAAUUCAGUUGCCUGUUACUAGAAAUAAAAUCAUGACAGCUCAAUUUGAAUGUUACCAAAAAAUUAUGCAAGACCCUAUUCAACAAACAGAAGGUAUUUACUGCAACAGAACCUGGGAUGGAUGGCUGUGCUGGAAUGAUGUUGCCGCAGGAACGGAAUCAAUGCAGCGCUGCCCUGAUUACUUUCAGGACUUUGAUCCUUCAGAAAAAGUUACAAAAAUCUGUGACCAAGAUGGAAACUGGUUUAGACAUCCAGAAAGCAACAGAACAUGGACAAAUUAUACCCAAUGUAAUGUUAAUACACAUGAGAAAGUAAAGACGGCAUUGAAUUUGUUUUACCUGACUAUAAUUGGACAUGGAUUAUCUAUUGCAUCACUCCUUAUCUCACUUGGUAUAUUCUUUUAUUUCAAGAGCUUAAGUUGCCAAAGGAUUACCUUGCACAAAAAUCUGUUCUUCUCUUUCGUUUGUAACUCUAUUGUAACAAUCAUUCAUUUCACUGCAGUGGCCAACAACCAGGCCUUAGUGGCGACAAAUCCUGUUAGUUGUAAAGUGUUCCAGUUCAUUCAUCUCUACCUGAUUGGCUGUAACUACUUUUGGAUGCUCUGCGAAGGCAUUUACCUGCACACGCUUAUCGUGGUGGCUGUGUUUGCAGAGAAGCAGCACUUGAACUGGUAUUAUUUUCUUGGCUGGGGAUUCCCACUGAUUCCUGCUUGUAUACAUGCUGUUGCCAGAAGCUUAUAUUACAAUGACAACUGCUGGAUCAGUUCUGACACCCAACUCCUCUACAUUAUCCAUGGCCCAAUCUGUGCUGCUUUAUUGGUGAAUCUGUUUUUCCUAUUAAAUAUUGUACGUGUUCUCAUCACUAAGUUAAAAGUUACUCACCAAGCAGAAUCCAAUCUCUACAUGAAAGCCGUGAGAGCUACGCUUAUCCUGGUGCCAUUACUCGGCAUUGAAUUUGUGCUGCUUCCAUGGAGACCUGAAGGAAGGAUUGCAGAGGAGGUAUACGAUUACAUCAUGAGCAUCCUUAUGCAUUAUCAGGGUCUUUUGGUAUCUACAAUUUUCUGCUUCUUUAAUGGAGAGGUUCAAGCAAUUCUGAAAAGAAACUGGAAUCAAUAUAAAAUCCAAUUUGGAAACAGCUUUUCCCACUCAGAUGCUCUCCGUAGUGCAUCUUACACAGUGUCAACCAUCAGUGAUGGUGCAGGUUACAGUCACGAUUGUUCAAGUGAACACUUAAAUGGAAAAAGCAUCCACGAUAUUGAAAAUGUUGUCAUAAAACCGGAAAAGUUAUAUGAUUGAUAGUAGAGGGAGUAUUGCUGAACUAUUUUGUGCCACUUCUAACUCAAGGACUUGGAUCCAAGACUUUGCAACCAGAAGACUUCAAUAUUAUAUGAAUUUCUUGAAGGUGACAAAGAAAACCCUCCCAUGAAUUCAGUAGUGUGUUGAUAAAUUUUUCACAAUAGCUCUAUGGGGGUGGGGGAGAAGCCCUGAUUUGUAAUGUUUGCCAGUUUUUAUGGUGUAAAUACUCCCACCAUGACUGAUUUCAAGCUGUCAACUUGACAUCACUGAAUGUGGAGUUGGGUACAGAUGGGCACAGUCAGUUAUUGUAGGCUGGUGUAAGCCAGCUCCAGCACAGCAUUGUGUGAAUCCACAAGUAAACAGGCUGUAAACAUUCACAUUGGGUAUGAGUUCACUUCUGUUUCCUAAAGAAACCUAGCUAACACCUAUAGGCUUGGAGAGAAAAUGAGCUUUUCAUGCGUUUAUUUUUAAAUCUUUAUCCCAUAUUCAUUGGUGCAGUUGAUUUUUUGCCCCAAAAGUAUUCUGACCCUACUUGAUUCAUCCUUUCAAAUGGACCAGAUAAAGAAUUAUUCCUGUUGGCUUACACUCUUCUCCUCAAGAAAAUAACUGAGCAGAAUUAUCAUCAGCUACUUAUUUCCUGAUACAUCACAGUCAUAUCCUUUGUCAUAUACAUUUUUGUGACUUGAUGAAUAGUAUGUAUUAUAUGCAGUCCUACUGUGGUAUCAUCAGGGAGACAUCUUGGUUGAUACUACAAAACAUGUCAACUUCUUUCCUAUCUUACUACACAAGUGGAAUGGAAUCCACUUCCGUGUACCUGUAAAUAGAAAUUUUGCCCCUUCCAUCUUCACUGUGUGGACAAAUUAACAAUUCUUUUACGUGAAGGAAAUCAAUGAAGGCUUUCUUAUUUUCUUAAAAGUUUUUCUUAUUUUCUUAAAAAAAUUUGUGAAAAAUGAACUUAUAAAUACUCUGUUAUUCUAUUUUAUAGUCUCAAACCAACCAUACUCGAUCUAGGUAAGUUUUUUAAAAAACAAAUACUUAAUGUAACAAUAUAUGCCUGUUAAUAUCUGAUACUGUGUCUGGGCUGAUUUUAUAAUAAAAUAGAAUCUGGAAUUCUAUAUUUGGUAAAUAUUUUAAAGACAACCAGAUGCCAGCAUCAGAAGUUUAUCUGAGAACCAAGAGAACAGAAAUAUCUAUGAUAAGAUAUAAAGUAUUUAUUUUAAAAAACCCUAAAGGCCAUUGUUUUAUUAAAUAUAUUAGCUUUGGUAAUUCAUACCUUAAUAACAGGUAUGUUCUACAUGUUUUCCUUUUAUUUUGACGACGAACUUUCAUUCUAAUCCAGAAAGUUUAAACAAGUCCUGUAGUAAAUGCCAAUCUGCUACUUGUAUGGUUUUUACCUCAUUAAAAAUAAUAUUUUCUGACUUUUACUAUAUGAAGAUGUAUGGCUUUGGAAAUGUUCCAGGCUAUUUUGCAAAAGGAAUACUAUAUAUCAUAUUACAAUGUUUUAAUAUUUUAAUAGAGCUAACUCUAUAUGAUAAUACAAUUCAGUGAAAGACCUUAAUCUAUCAGUGAGGAAGAACUGUUGUCAGAAUAUUUAUCGAAUAAUUUAGAUGGAAGAAAUCCUUGUUAAUGAAUUAAAGUAACAUUUAAAUGGGAAUUAGUAUCCCUAAUGUUAUUUUCCAUUGAAAUUUCUGGAAAACAAAAGUGACUUCAAUUAGAAAAAGUUAAUUUUGGCAGGAGAAUUCAUUGUCUAUGUGUUUUCUGUGUGGUGUGUCAGUCUGCUUAAAAUGGAUUAAACCAAUGACUUAGUCAUCAUAGGUUGGUUUUUAAGCUGUCAAAAGAUGGUAAGUUCAAAAAUCAUUUGAAAUUGUCCAGGUAGAUUAUCUAAAUUAGUAAGAAUUAAUUUAUUAAAUGACCUGGUCAAUAGAUUUAUAAUUUAUGAUCUAUCUAUAUGCAUGUAAAAACAGUAUUAGUUUCAGAUUUAUUAAUUUCAUAAUAAGCUGUCAUACAAAAAGAACACAGGCUAAUCUGGACUUCUUAGUGCCUAAAUUAUACAAAAAUUCCUAUAAAUAAACUCCUUUUUAGCUAAAGACAUAGAUUCAUAUUCUUUGCUGAUGUUAUUCAUGUAUUUCAGCAUUCUUCCAGACAAACUACCGAGUCUCAACCAUAAAUAACAGUAGAAAAUGUCAAAUUAUCAGUGAGCAUUACAUUAAAAUUACAUUGUAAUUUUCAAGUUUUUUUUUUAUCAUAUUAAGUUUAGAUCAGAUCCUUUAUGGUCAGGAUUUAUCUAUUGUACUGUCUUCAGGUAUAGGCAUUUCAUGAUUAAUCAGUGUUAGUUUUUGUACCCAUAUUUUUUUAGGAGUAAUAUCUUUAAGUAUUAGAUUUCUCAAAAGCUGAAGUGCUAAUAAUUAAGCUCUCCUUUGUAUCUUACUCAUGAAGAAUAAAUAAAAUCUAUACUUUUAAAAAGCCAACAUCUUUGGCAUCUAAAAACUUAUUUGGGGAAUUUCUAACUUUUAAAAUACAAAUCUGCUACUUUUCUGCAAAUAAUUGUGAGAGUCAUUUUAAUUAAAAAAAUUCUGUCAUUUUUUAAUUUCUAAAGUUAUUUAGUGCAUUUCUUCAUAAAAUAUUUAUUCUAGAAUUUAUUGUUUGUUCAAAUGCAAUCCAAUGUACAUAGAAGUAGUGGUAGCUGUAGUGCUGUAUUUAUUGCUUGAUAAUUUUUUUAUGUGAACUUAUUUUAAUUUUCUCUUGGUUUUAAUAUGCUAAUUGAAAUCACCAUUUCUUUUACAUCUAAAAUAUACCCAAGUUAUUCUGAACAAUUAAAACAACUCAUAUUAUGCCUACUUAAUGUAUAUCUCUGUCAUUUGAUUGUAUGAAAAUAUUAAAGUUAUGAGCUAAAGUUGAUCUUCACUCAUGUUUACUGGAGUGCUGAAUACUCUAAAUUAUAAACAUAAUUCUUUACAGCAAUCAGUGGAAUACCUCUUAAAAUCAAUGACUGUAUCACUAUUACUCUCUUUGAAGUCUUCAAUAAACCUAUAAAUCAUUUCAUACCAA